GGGUUGCCCUGCACUAGGGCAGAGCUUAAGCACUCCGUCCUCCAGCCACUUCCAGAGCCGUGCGGUCUACUCAAGCCCUGGACGAGGCGUCCCGGGGCGGGGAGGAGGACGAAGGGACCUGGCGAUGGCUUCGCGGGGACUCCCAGGGUCUGCCGUCCUCACCGCUGCUGUCUUUGUGGGAGGCGCCGUGAGUUUGCCGCUCGUGGCUCCGGACCAUGGUGGCAGCCGCACACUGCACUCCAGAGCAGAGACGACAGCGUCGCCCACGGACAACACUAAGAGCGGACACCCCGAGUAUAUUGCGUAUGCGCUUGUCCCUGUGUUCUUCAUCAUGGGUCUCUUUGGUGUCCUCAUCUGCCACCUGCUUAAGAAGAAAGGCUAUCGUUGUACGACAGAAGCCGAGCAAGAUGUGGAAGAGGAAAAAGUUGAGAAGAUAGAGUUGAAUGACAGCAUAAAUGAAAACAGCGACACCGUUGGGCAAAUUGUCCACUACAUCAUGAAAAAUGAAGCAAACGCCGAUGUUUUAAAGGCAAUGGUAGCAGAUAACACCGUGUCUGACCCUGAAAGCCCUGUGACCCCCAGCACUCCUGGGAGCCCACCUGUGAGCCCUGGGCCCUUGUCACCAGGUGGCACCCCAGGGAAGCACAUCUGUGGCCACCAUCUGCACACAGUAGGCGGUCCUGUCGAGAGGGACGUGUGUAGUCGAUGUAGGCACAAGCGGUGGCACUUCAUAAAACCCGCCAACAAGUCCAAAGAAGGCCGCCCAAGGCGUCAAGGGGAGGUCACCGUCCUCUCUGUGGGCAGGUUUAGAGUUACAAAAGUGGAGCACAAGUCAAACCAAAAGGAGCGGAGGAGUUUGAUGUCGAUGAGUGGGACCGAAAGCCUUAAUGGGGAGGUGCCAGCGACUCCUGUGAAGAGAGAUCCGAGCGGCACAGAGGAGUAGGAAUGACUUUAUUUGAAGAGUUCUAAAAGACUGAAAACGUAACGAGAGAUGAAGUUGCCCAAGAAAUAUUUUUUAUCUUUUACAUGACUGCUAUUCUGGAGUCUGCAGGCCUACGGGAAAAGCUGAAAGGAAAUCUUUCUGCUCUGCUGGAUACAGAAUUCAGCUGGCUUUGAAACAAGUUUUGGUUUAAAAAAAAAACCUGACAAAAAAUUUAUUAUUAUAUGUCCAGGGAAGAGAAGAACUGAUUUUUUAUCUUCCCAGCUACCUUCAGCCACUACCCCUUCCAGUCCUCCACCCCUGGCCUUCGUGUGUACUGUUCUUCCAGAAUGAUCACUGUGUACAGCGGAAUUACUUGUGUACAGUCUGAGCUGAUGCUCUGUGUGUGUGAGAGAGAGUCCACGUGUGUGUGUGUGUGUGUGUAUGCGUGCAAGUGCUUCUGUUCCCACAACCCUUACUUCCAAUUUUACACUGUUUGUAAGAAGAUCUACAGUUUAACUGUUACAAAAGAUAAAGAUGACUCUUGGGUGGUGGAAGGUCCUUGAAGAUAACCCAGUCUAGUCCUGAGACACUGACCUCGGCAGAGGUCACGGAGUCAGAUGGAACUGGCCGGUGGACCAAGGACCCACCAUGCCGUUCUCUUAGGUCACGUAUAAAAUAUCGAGAGUUCUUUUUUUUUCUUUUUAACUUGAGCUAAGCAAUUCUUGUUUAGCCCACGCAAGAAAGGGGAAAAUGGGUUAAAGUUACAAAACCCCAAAAAUACUUGUUUUGACAACCCAAGGUCAAAACAAAACAAAAAAUCUCCACUGUUUCUGGCAGGUGGGCCCGCCCCUCCCUCUGGCUUCUUUUCCCCGGUGCACUUGCUGUUUUGCAUCUGGUAACUAAUGCUGGUCAUUUACAAGAACCUUGGUGGUUACUUCCCCUCUGGGCUUGGAAAACCCUACUCUUUUUUUUUUUUUUUGCCUUAGAGUUUAUGAAACUCCUGACAGAAUGCAGAGGACGUUGGUGGCAGGUCUGGGCCGCAGGCUGGGAGGGCCUACGUGCAGGGAGAUCUCUGAGACCUGCCCGCUUCACGCUCCUUUUAUUUCAGAGAGGGAAGGCACAUUUCUCGUUUGGCUCCAGGAAGGUGAUUUCCAUUAAAAUGUAUCAGAAAGUAGUAUUUACUGGACAUAUGCUCAUUCCUAACCUUUUACAUGAAUGGGAGGUUUAGUUCAUGUUUGCACAGGGGACUAGAGGAGGUCAGUAUGGACACAAAUAUCACUGAGGUCCAAGAAGUAGCAAUGUAGGAAUUUGGGGGAUGUGAAUUAAUGUAAAUAAUAUAUGUGCGGUCUAGACCAAUAUUUUCAGUUUUAAAAGAAGAACACUUAUUUUGUUGUUGUUUAAAGAGUAUGCCCUCAAAAUGGUGAGGGUUAACAUGUAAGAUAUUCUUCAGCUUUAAGUAUUUUGUAACUUUAUUCAGGUCAGAGAACUUUUUUAAUAGCAAUACAACAGGCAAGAGAAUACCCAAAAAUAUUUAAAGUUGUAUAUAUACCAGUAGUACGUUUUAAAUAUUUUCUAAUACUUGAGCAGUUUUUGUCUGUCUUCCAAAUAUGCCAAAUGUUAAGCAUUCAAUAUUUUCAACACAUCAGCUUUCUACUGGUUUCUAUGAUCUAAUAAAUACUCCUAAGUGUUCCCAAAGCAACCGAUGUUUACAGGCCUCAUGUUUUCCCUUCUCCCCACCCAGGGGUCGGGCCCCGCCCCCGCAGGCGCUCACCCAAACACUAAUGACGGCCUGACCCCGGGGGUCGAGAAUGAGCUGGCUGCCACCUGGAUGUAAAAAUUUGUAAAGGAAAAUUUUCACCCUUUGAGUGUGAAGUGUAUUUUUAACUGUCUGGUUUGUACUUUUACGACUUUUGUACUACCAAAGCAGAGUUAAAAAUAAAAAUGUCAAAUGCA